GAGAGAGCCGGUCCAGGUGGGGUUCCAUCUCGGCGCUCGCUCCCCUCCGGGGCCCCGCCCGCCCAGGAAGCAGGCAGAAAACCUGGCCGGGGUGUCCUUGCCUUUCCCCUUCCCUCACCGCCCGGAGGGGCCGGGGGGCCGUGCCCACCCUGGCCAGCAGCCAGAACCUGCAUCUCGGGGAUGCCCAGGUCUCCUAGAGGAGGCGCCGACGCUGUGUGUCCCCCCUUCCCCAGACGGCGAUGACCCCCAAGCCUGCCGGACCCCCGGACGGGGGCUGGGGCUGGGUGGUGGCCGCCGCAGCCUUCGCGGUGAAUGGGCUCUCCUACGGGCUGUUACGCUCGCUGGGCCUCGCCCUCCCUGACCUCGCGGAGCACUUUGACCGAAGCACUCAGGACACUGCGUGGGUCAGCGCCCUGGCCCUGGCGGUGCAGCAGGCAGCCAGCCCAGUGGGCAGCGCCCUGAGCACCCGCUGGGGGGCGCGCCCCGUGGUGAUGGUUGGGGGCGUCCUCACCUCGCUGGGCUUCGUCUUCUCCGCUUUCGCUCGCAGUCUGCUGCACCUCUACCUUGGCCUGGGCGUCCUUGCUGGUGAGGGGAGAGGGACACCCGGGUCCUUAAGGGGUGAUGGUGGAGGUGGGCGCUUCCUGGGGGCUGGAGGCCAAAGGGGCGGGGCCUCCUGCGAGGAUCCGGGCUGGGAUUGCCGGCGCAGAGCAUCCCGGGUCCCUGUCGUCACCCCGUCCUGUCCGUUCGCAGGCUCCGGCUGGGCCCUGGUGUUCGCCCCUGCCCUGGGAACCCUGUCCCGUUACUUCUCCCGCCGUCGAGUCUUGGCCGUGGGGCUGGCGCUCACUGGCAACGGGGCCUCCUCGCUGCUCCUGGCGCCCACCCUGCAGCUCCUCCUUGACACCUUCGGCUGGCGGGGCGCCCUGCUCGUCCUCGGCGCCAUCACCCUCCACCUCGCCCCCUGUGGCGCCCUGCUGCGACCCCUGGUGCUCCCUGGCGACCCCCCGGCGCCACCCCGCGGGCCCUUAGCUGCCCUCGGCCUGGGUCUCUUCACGCGCCGGGCCUUCUCAGUUUUUGCUCUGGGCACAGCCCUGGUUGGGGGCGGCUACUUCGUCCCCUACGUGCACUUGGCCCCCCACGCUUUAGACCGGGGCCUGGGCGGGUAUGGGGCAGCGCUGGUGGUGGCCGUGGCUGCGGUGGGGGACGCGGGCGCGCGGCUGAUCAGCGGCUGGCUGGCGGACCAGGGCUGGGUGCCCCUCUCGCGGCUUCUGCUGGUGUUCGGGGCUCUGACCGGGCUGGGGGUGCUGGCCGUGGGACUGGUGCCCUUGGCGGGGAGCCAGGAGGGCUGCCGGGGGGCCCUGCUGGCCGCGGCUGGGGCCUACGGGCUGAGCGCCGGAAGCUACGCCCCCCUGGUUUUCGGUGUGCUCCCGGGGCUAGUGGGCGUCGGAGGUGUCGUACAGGCCACAGGGCUGGUGAUGAUGCUGAUGAGUCUGGGGGGGCUUCUGGGCCCUCCCCUGUCAGGCUUCCUAAGGGACGAGACCGGGGACUUCACCGCCUCCUUCCUCGCCUGCGGCUCUUUCAUUCUCUCCGGCAGCUUCAUCUACAUGGGGCUGCCGGGGGCGCUGCCCUCCUGCCCCCCGGCCUCCCCCUCCCGGCAGGCCACCCGUCCUCCCGAGAGGGGGGAGCUGCUCCCGGUUCUUCCGGUCGCCCUGCUCUCCUCGGGAGGCCCUCGAUCCACUCUGGACACUACGUGUUGACCGUUUUGUUUGGGCCACUCCCCCAAUAAAGAAUUUCUAUCCGGUUUCCUGCAAGCCCCAGCUGUUAGCCAAUCUAGGGCGCUGCAAACAUUCUGCCGAAGAUAUUUAAGAAGGCUGACUCAAACGAACGGGGUCCCACUGAACUCUGGGGUGUUUUUCCGUCCGUCCAGCUGGUCCACCUGUCUUUGCCCAAGCUGUUGCCAUUGUAACAGGGAGUCUCUGAAAAGCUGUUCCCAAGCUUCUGUGCGUUCGGGGUGGGGAGCUCAUGAGGGACCUAUCAGCCCCCUCCAGACCUCCCGGCUGAGUCUUUCCUGUGUUUCUGGCUCCUUUGGCCUGUGGGAAAUGCUAGACCCAGACUUUAGCUCUUUAAGCUUCUGCUGCCCCUCCCAGACUCCCCCCACCCUGUGUCCUCACUGCUGUCUUCGUUUCUUUUCUGAG